AUGUCCAAGGCUAUGACGAUUUGUCUGGAAUUGCUGCUGACCUCCCCCAAAGCCCGCCCGGGUAGUUUCACUCAGCGCCUCACCCCAAGAUCACGGGAAGACCUUCUCGAGUUCCUGACCCGUGUUAGAACGGAUUCGGACUUUUUGUUUCAGUGUAUCGCGAGUUUAACCCCGGCUCAGCUUUCAGGCCUGAUUUCUCCUGCUCAUGCCGUGGAUGCCGGUGAGGUUUACUCUCCGCUUAGUUCUCGCAACAAGCCACCCUCACUUUUCACAAGGCGAACAACUUCUCACUCCAAUGUUUUCAAGGAACAUGCUUUUGCAUUUGAGCGUACCGAUCCGCUUUCUGCUCUGUUAUUCAAUGUUUUUUCAGCACCUAUGGCUUCGAAUUCCCCCGAUGCCCGGCUUCGUUUGGACGUGUGGUCGUCAGCUUGUGCCAAGUUAAUAUCCCAUGGCGGGCCCGGCUAUUACCCCUUUAUUGGUCAAAUUCUGUCCAUAUGGUCCAGUGCCACUGCGUGGAAGGUAAAGCCAAAACUUGAGGUUUACUUGAUGGACGUUCUCCAAAAGGGUGCCUUCCUGCUUGAGUACCCAGAUGGCCGUAGAUUGGGCCUGGAUACUGAUGGAUUUGAUCCUUUGAGAACCGAUGUUGCUGAGCAAUUCUUUCAAUCUGCUGUGCAUGACUUGUUUGCCGUACUUGACGAUUCCGAUGCGGGUUUCCCUGAGGGUGCCAUCGAACUUGGAAAUGCUAUCAUUGAGAAACUAGGUACCGCUGAAACUCACAAAAGAUUUCUGGAUUUUAUAUUUUCUCAAUGGUUUUUCCGCAAAUUUCUCCCUACUGCUAUCUCCUACCCCGAGACACACGGACUACUCCUCGAUUUCCAUAUUACCAAGGAUGCGCGGGACAGGCUUUUGAGUCAAAUUUCACAUAGAGCCCAACUCUAUGCUUCUCGCACCUUGCACCACCCGCCCGAAGCUGCUCUUACACCGCCCCUAAUCAGACUCCAUGUAGAAAAUAUGUUAUCACAUUUCAAGCAAUCAUCUCCUAGACGUUACAGCGAUACAAUGCCUUCACCUCUUCCUUCGGACGGCACAUCCGUAUGUGAUGUGUCUGAAAAUUUCCUUUCCUUAUCCACAACAGAUAUUACCACGGUUUUAGACGCCCUUUUCCCCAAAUCGGGGUCCUUUUUGAAUUCACCGGAUCCUUUCCAAAAUCUGUCUAGCUCCUCGUCUCCGCUCAUCGGACACGGUAUUCGAAACGACGGUCGACCGUUCGAGACGAGUCUCUUUCAAGCAAGGAUUGACCCCUUUCCAACUCGGCCCACGGUCGCUAAAACUGUCAUCACCGCAGAAAUGAGCUUCCAGAAUUCUCCGAAAUCAUAUUCUGUACCGCCCAGCAGCACUGUAAGCCCUGUUUCCCCGCAAGAGUCCUUUUCUCGCAGCGCCGAUCGUAUUCGCUAUGAAAUCUCUGAGAUAAAUGAGUCCGAGGACCGUCAUUCUCUGGGUAGUCCGACUAGCGAAGAUUGGGCUAUUAUUUCCAUUUCUAGGGAUGGACGCAAGUUGUCAUUUCGAUUGGACGAGGAAAAUCCACCGUUAAUGGAAAGAAGCUCGGGUGAUUGGACCGGACUAUCAAGAGAAGAUCGUGAUGCCCUUAACUCUGCGGUAAUAAAGCUCACUGAUGAGUUUGAGCACACAUUCAGCUUGGUUGAGACAAACGAAUGUUUGAAUGCGCGUGCCCGUGUCGAAGAACCAUCCUAUCUACGGCGCCGAUUUAUGGACAAUAUGGUGAAUUGUCAACGCCAGUCCAAUUUUACAACUUCCCACUACUGGUGGAACGCUGCCCGCUUACUCCGAAUUGCCAGCAACGGGAAUCCAACUCGUGUUACCGACGAUAGAAUUCUUGGUCCCAUGUAUUUGACAGCGAAAGUUUCCACAGACUUUGACAGCUCAAUCAUCAGUCGAUGCUCCCCGAAAGCUAUUCGAUUGAAGCAUACUCUGAAGCAUCUCCAGACCCAAGUCAAGACGUCUAUGAGCGGCCUGGCAAAAUUAAGGAACAAAAUGUGGUAUAUGACCGAUGUGAGGAAUUCAUUGCGUUAUGAGGAUGCCAGGAACGUCGCUCUCGCUCUGAAGUCAAUGGCAGGUUUCCAAACUCCAUCAGCUGUUCCUGAGCCUAAAUCGAAAUUUGGCUCACGUUCGCUCGGCGGCUCUUUUCUUCAAAAACCGGAAAUCCAGGUCAUGAACGUCAUGAAAGCUUCUGGCAGCCAAGGAGGGCCUAUGAAAUUAUCGGAUGAACAAGUGGAUAUCACGAGGAAAUUUCUUCAUCGGUCUGGAAUCGACAAUUUCUGUAGAGGAGAAGAGAGAAUACACCGGUUUUGCUACGAAGUGAAAACAAGCGUUAGCAAGCUCGUCGGGGAGUCGAUGACUGAUAGCCCCGUUCUAUGGUCGAGCGAAUUGUACCAAAAGGAGCGGUCGAUGUUCGAGGCGCCUGGCACCCGCCCUCUCACGGCCCUUAGCGCCGGAACAGGCAUUCGCCCAUCGAGCAUUGCUAGUGAGGAUAGUUUAUAUCCUUUCCCCUCUCAGCCACUUGGUGGCCGAAACCUGGACUCGCUUUUCCGCUCGCCGACAGAUAUCCCAUCGCUUGUGCACAAAUCAUCGUUUCAGAGCCUCAGCUCAGAGAGAUGGAAGGGCAGAGAUGCUAGCGCUGACACAUCGUCGGUUGGAGACUCUCCCGGUCGAGCUGCAUCGACUGUCGAAUCCUACCAACCAUUCUGGUCCCCCAUCCACACACAAGCCCAAUCCACGACAAGCAUAUCUAGUUUCCAGUCCCGUCCGGCAUCAAUGGUCAGCGAUGUUUUGACCACGCGAAGACUCGAACGUAGUCCUCCUGGUAAAGCGGCAUUCCUGGAUGAGUUGAAACAAACUUUAACCAGUCUUCUGCUGAGCGAUCUUGGGUCUCCCGUCUGGAGCUGCGGAAGCGAAACUGAUGCCUGGUUUUCGGAUUAUCUGAACCAACCACGCGUUCGAGUCCAGAUGUCCAAACAGGAAAGACUAGAUCGAUUUUUGGCCGAACUAGCGACACCUUCAGCCAUUCACGCCCUGGAUGACCGGCCUGGAAGAAAGCUACGACGCACUCAUUCAGCAGUUGCUUUGUCCUCGAAAUACAGCGAAAGCAAAGGAUCGUCAGAGUCCAAUGAUCCUAGCAUCACGAAGGGGACCCAAGAUUUUGAAUACGAGCAAGCGUUCCAGCAGCUGAUGGAUGGAUUUUCGCGACCCGCAAACCCCUUCACAAAACUAAAGGCAUUGAACGACCUCCGCAGUCUUGUAAUCGCCUCGUUGACAUCUCCUGGCACGAGCGUUGAGGCUUCUCAUGGUCAAUUAGAUGCACGAGUUAGAGGUGCACAAGGAGGACGAGAGCAUCAGAGGAAUAGUAUAUCUGAGGGGUCUAAACCACCAAAUAUAGCCGAUGACCAAACCCCAACGCCAUCGUCCCCGGGGUUGAAUGGAAUUUCAAGUGGAUCUUCGAUAAACUCAGGACCCAGUGACAACCAGAUCAUUCGCGCUCUACGGGACCUUAUCCAGAAAUUUCAGCCAAAAACACUGUUCCGAGAUUUACAGUUCAUUGCCGCUUUCGUCCCGUCGGAGGUGCUGAACAAAGUUGAUGCCGGAACUGCUUUUUUGCAAUUUGGGCUGGCCGCUUUCGAGUUGAAGGAUGAUCUGUGCCAUAGCAUGGUUGAAAUUGCAGAUAAGAUUGUCUCGCAAGAAUUGAACCAACGACAACGACACUCGCCUUUCUCCCCUAGAUUUGGCAACGGUAUCGAAGAUGCAGCUCGAAUGUGGAUUAUCACCGCUCGGGAGGGUAAUGCUGUCGCGCAGCGAGAGCUCGCGAUCUUGUAUCUCACUCAUCCAGAGAUACUCCCGCGGGUGACGCUUCCGCUCACAAUGCCUCGAGAUACCUUCAAGGCCGAAAUGAUGUAUCGGCGAGACCUUGACUCGAAAUCUGAUCCUCAAAGCAUGUGCCUUGCACUGCAUUGGAUGCAACUGUCAGCCGCUGGCGGUGACGAGCUGGCGCAAAACAGGCUGCGCGAGCGAGAAGAAUUCGAGUCAUUUGUGUAA